GCCGUCCUCUUCCUCUUAAAGGGGACGCGCCCACCUCUCCCGCCCCGCCUGAGGCCGCCCUCCUCCAGCGCCCCGUUCCGCGGCACGCCGUCGCCCUUUGCCACUCCUUCCUGCUCCGAGAGCCGCUGCAGCCCCCGGGUUCGAGCGGGGCCCCACGAGGGCACGCCGCCACCCCGCGAGCGGGCCCCAAACGCCCGGCCCCUCGAUGCAGGCCGCGGGUCUCUGCCCGCGUCCCCCGAGAGCAGAGAGAGGAGAGCGCGGAGUUCGCCCGGCGAGGCGGCUCCCCGCCCCGUCCCCUCGCAGCCGCUCCGUGUGCUUUUCCAAAGGAACGUUAAUGCCCCCGGGCUGUCCGCUGCUGCCUCCGCGUUGGCUGCCAGUUGCAGAUGGAUCCCGUUGCGUGCUCCUGGGAAAGCCCUAGGGCAACACUCAAGACUGCAGUGCUGGUGAAGUCCUAGUCUGGCAGAGCCUGAGCACCAUGCUGUGUCUUGUCUCAAGGUCCAUGCAAUGCUGCACGACUUCUUCCCAACAUCUGAAGGAAUGCUGGAAGACACGGAGCUAUCCCUGUUUGCUCACAGAGCUGGCCCAGCUUGCGCAGAGAUGGGCGCCGUGCUGAAAUGAGAGGAAGCGUCUCCCACAGUCUGUGCAGCUGCUGAGUGGGUUAAUGACCCUUUCAUACUGCUCUGUACCCCUCAACCAUAAACUGUCUGCCCCACAGUUCAUAUUUUGCCCUUCUUUUGUGCUGUGAAGCAGUGCUGGCCCACUUACGCUUCUCGAAAGUCAAUACAAUGGAUGUGCAGUGAUUAUGUGGAGUGUUUUUCAACGUCCCAAUGAAAUGAGUGCUUCUCUCAACUCUUUCACUUUCAUGGAAGCCCCGCAAAGACAUAAGUGAAUCUCUUGGCUUUGAUAUAAAGAGACAAGCUUUGUGGAGAGGAACUUUGCAAUCCUGCCAUCAGAGCACCAACAUUAGCGCCACCUUCUCGCUCUGUUGUGCAGCAAAGGAGCAGCCUUUUGCAAUGAGUGCUUGGAGCAGCAGCAAGCCAUUCGUCAUCCAGGGCAGCCUUCUGUGAUUCAAACAAGUCUCCUGUGGGACUGAGAAUGGACUAGGCUCCCAUAACCCUGCACUGCAGCUUCAUACACUGUGUGCUUCUUUCUUUGCUGUCACAAAACCUGUAAGAGGGAGAAAUGUUAGAAAGAGAGUCUGAACUACCUGCAGAAGCAGUCCUCUCACAGCAGCCUUCGAGCUGAAUUCGAUUAUUUGGAGGGGAAUCUGUUUUGUCAGAGCUGCUAUCUCUGGCAGACACUCUCUCCUUUGAGAGAACUGACGCAGACACGCAGAGAUGCCCUACCAUGUCUUGACUGUGAUGAAGAAAAGCAAUAUUUUGGGAAAUCUGACUUGGAUCGGGUGUAAGAGUUGUUGUCAGAGCCAGGCCAGAUGUUGGCCAUUCUUAUUUUCUAAAUACAGGUUUCUCUGAAUGCAAACAAACACUGCAAGCAUUUUGCUACACUAUAAAUGUAUGUGUUGUACAAGUGGUGGACGAGGGUUAUGUUGGUUUAAGACCUCAUUAUCACUUGGUGGGGAAUGAUUCACUUUUCUAUAAAGCUCGAGCAUUAAUUAAUUAAAAUAUGAUAUCAUCUCAAGAUUGUCUUAGUGUUCUGACCUGCAAAUCCAGAUGGGCAGAGCCCUUGCUUCUGCGUGACUGUUCCAGAUCUCUCUGUGUAAACUGUAGGUUUUGGCAAGAAAAAAACAUUCUGCCAAUGCCUUUUGAAGAAUUUAGGUUGACAUGAGAAAGUCUGCAGUUACACUGUGCCUGUUCAGAAAUAAGCAGCCGCCCACUUUCUCACGGUUUGAAGUCAGGAGGCCCAUCCAUAUCCCACCUGAGAGCCCCGUCUGCGCAGUGCCUCAGCCCAGAGCCAUGCCGUGCCAGCAGCCAGCAAGGCUCUGCAUCAGCAAACAGCUGAAAGAUUGCAGCAGAACCACAGCCCUGCCUGCCUUCACAGCCUGAGAGCAACCAGUUUCUCAGCCCUCGUGCCUGCAACAUGGUUAUGACUGCAUCAAAUCCCCACCACAACUGCGUAUGGUUCUGUAAACCACUUCCAAUAGGAGUCCUUUUUGUUGGUGUCUUCCCUGGGAAAAAAUAUGAACAGUCUCUUCUGAGCGAUUGCAGUAAAAAUGCACAGGUCAACCAAAGACAUACAGGGAGGAGGUGGUGUGAGCUCAGUUUAAGGAAUCCUGCAGCCUUCUGCUGAGUCCUGCAAGUGAGCAGAUGGAACUGGCCAUGCCAUAGGGCCUGAAGAGACUUCCUGGGCUGCAGGGCUGUUACAAUGGUAGUACAGCCUGGUGGGGAAUUUACCUCUUCCCAUCUCCACCCAACAGCCAACCUAGUUCACAUAAUACCUACAGACAUAAGGAAUGACACCAAACAUCUCCAAGUACGGCAGGUCUGCAGCUCUCCUCUCAUUGCUGGGAGCCCAGCUAUGCACAGUGCUGGCAGGGAGCUGGAGGUACGCUUGGGCCUGUGCAAGAAGCCAGCAGCCGCCAGGCAUGCUUCUCUUUGCAUGCUGUUAUGUGAAAAAAAAAUGCCAAUAUGCAAUAAGAGUGUCAGUAAGUUCAGUGUCCUACAGCGAUAAGAUUGAUGGGCAAAAGUCAUAUUCCUUCCUAGCCCAACUCUGACAAAAUUGGAUCUGGAAGCAGCUGGAGACAAGUGCCUACGGAUGGGAGUUUUUGGCUUGAUCUUUGACCUGCCUUAUCUCCACGGGCCUGCCCAGCAAUCACGGGCCGCACACGAGGUGGGAAAUUGCUAGAGAUAGCUGAGAAUGCAGCAACGUCCCAGCAGGCAGUGCUGUGAGACGGCAGACCUCACAGCGCCUUACAGCAGCGACGUGACAACGGCGGAGCACCCGGCAAAGCCGAGCGACCCCAGCAGCGCUCACUGCCCCCGGGAGCACAGCGGGAAUCACCGCCCGCAGCCCCCCCUCCGCCUCCCCUCCCCCACAGCCCAGUACUGGGCGUAGCGGCAGCCUCACAGUCGCCACGAGCCGAGGAGCGGCACCGCUGGGUGGCACCAGAAACCAGAACACGGAUUCACUUCGGGCGAGACCUCGUUCGUACGCGUCCGGCGCUGCGCCCGCCGAGGUUAAGAAUCACUCACUGGCUGCUGUGAGGGUUAAGUGAUUCCACUUACGGCACCAUGGAUGAGCUGCAGGAUGUUCAGUUGACAGAGAUCAAACCACUUCUGAACGACAAGAACGCAGCUCGCAACUUCCAGGACUUCGACUGCCAGGAACAUGACAUUGAGACAGCUUUCGGAGUGGUCCAUGUCACCAUGCGAGGCAUACCCAAGGGGAACAGACCUGUCAUCCUCACAUACCAUGACAUUGGCCUCAACCACAAAUCCUGUUUCAAUGCAUUCUUUAACUUUGAAGACAUGCAGGAGAUCACUCACCAUUUUGCUGUGUGCCAUGUGGAUGCACCAGGCCAACAGGAAGGAGCUCCCCCCUUCCCAUCUGGGUACCAGUAUCCCACUAUGGAUGAACUGGCUGAAAUGCUGCCUGCGGUUCUGACACACCUGAACCUGAAAAGCUUCAUUGGGAUUGGGCUGGGAGCUGGCGCAUAUGUCCUCAGCAGGUGUGCUCUCAGCCACCCAGACCUUGUGGAGGGACUGGUGCUUAUUAAUGUUGAUCCAUGUGCAAAAGGCUGGAUUGACUGGGCAGCAUCCAAGUUUUCAGGCUGGACAACCAACAUAGUGGAUAUUGUCUUGGCACAUCACUUUGGACAUGAGGAGCUGCAGGCAAAUCUAGAUUUGAUCCAAACGUACCGGCUUCAUAUAGCACAGGACAUUAACCAAGAUAACCUUCAGCUGUUCCUCACCUCAUACAACAGUCGCAGAGACCUGGAAAUUGAGAGACCAGUGAUUGGUGUCAAUGAAAAUACAGCAAAAACACUCAAGUGCCCUGCCUUGCUGGUGGUUGGUGACAACUCGCCUGCUGUGGAAGCAGUGGUUGAAUGCAAUUCACGUCUUGACCCAACCAAAACUACCCUUCUGAAGAUGGCUGACUGCGGGGGACUGCCCCAAGUGGUUCAGCCUGGCAAGCUGACUGAAGCCUUCAAGUACUUUGUGCAGGGAAUGGGCUACAUCCCUUAUGUGCAGCUCAGCCACCUAAGCACUGAGUCAGUGCCAGCAGCAAGUAUGACCAGGCUGAUGCGCUCACGUACCCACUCCUCAUCCAGCGUGGGCUCCGGGGAGAGCAUCCGCAGCCGGUCUCACGCCAGCAACCAUGGUGAAGGCAGUGCUGGAACCCCAGAUGGAAUUGACCUCCAGGAUGCACCUCAAACCAUGGAAGUAUCCUGUUAAGCAGGAAUCCCUCUUCUGGAUUCAGACAAUUCCACUCGCCCCACCGAACCCACUCAGAAUCUAGCAUUUCAUACAACGUGGCAUUAACUGUUCUCUCUAACUUGUGCAUGCCCAUCUGAGCUGCCACCUCCUUAGUAGUCUGUACUUGGCAUUACUUUGGUCCUUUCUGUAUGCCCUUGGUAUCAGAGCCUCUUUACAACCCGUUUAACAUUCUGCAGUCUUAGUAAAUCACGUUACUGUACAUGCUGAUACCAUCUCCUGUCUGUGCUGUAUAUCAAUCCAGAUGACAGCCAUUGUCUCCCCUGUUCAUUUAUAUAUAAUUUCUGUGGCUUUGUGAGGUUUUAGAAUUGCUUUCUAGUUGUGCUUCUGCUAAAGGACCCUUGUGGUGCAGUUGGAAUGGCAUCUGUGGGACACGGGAAAGCAAGACCAUGAUGAUGUGAUGCUCGCGCCACUGGAGGCAGAGCUGUGCCUGGAGCGUGGAGCCCACCGGGAGGUCUUUGUGUUCCCAGGACUCGUGGCAUGCCAAGCAGCUGUGGGAAAACCAACAGUCAGAAAUACCGUCGUGGUCUCAUCUCUGUAUGUGUGUUUAGAAAGAGCAGAGUGAUUUCUUACCUGAGCCUCCUGAAAGGGCGAAGCAAUUAACAAGUGAACGUAUGCUAACCGAGGUGCACUAUUCAUCAGAAAACAAGGGAUUAAAGUGCAGCAGCUCUGGCCUCCAGGCUGCUCCUCCUGCAGGGAGCUGAGUGCAGUUAAGGCAUAGGCACUGUUCUGCCCUGGCACGGGGGAAUGUUUAGCAUCAAGUAGGUUGUGAAAUGGGCAGCAGUGCCCCUCGCCAGCCAGAGAUGCCCCAAUCUCCUGCACUGCCAGUUCUGCCUCUCGCUGCUGCCAUCCCCAGGCAGGGUGUCUGCACAGGGACUUCACUGAGGCUCAAGCAAUGCCAGUGAAUGUCAGUGACUGCCGUGGGCUGUGUCCGUGUGACUCAGGCCAGCAGUCGGGUGGCGAACGCCUUUGUGCAGGUACAGUUUAUUGUCUCUGUGGAAUUCACAGUUCUGCUGCCUUUUUGCAUCUGUCUGGGUCACAGAGAGCAGGAAGGAAAUACCUGCUGUGUGCCAGGGUCUGGCUGUUAAUGGGACAAAAGGGAUGAAUGGUCAGGAUGCUGCAGGUCUCGAGAGACGAGCAAAACAUCUGCACUUACCAGGUGAGCGGUCCUGACUCAGUGGGAGGCAGCUCCUCCACGGGUCACGCUCACGUUCUGCUCCAUUUCAGGUAGGGAAUGGGACCGGGAGGCUCUGCCUGAGGGGGACUUUGUACCAGUUAUUAAAUAAAGCUAUAACUGAGUUUCAUUGUUA